UCCACCAACGGUUUUAGCGAAAGCCUUCUUUCUAAUUCCAAUUCCAUUGGAAUCUGUCGUCCCAAAUCAAUUUUUUCUCUCCCUGUUUCUUCCCGAUCGUCCUCCACCUUCAAACGAGGUUGAUGUGCAAAAGCCCCAUGACGUGAUAUCUCUUGCUUGUGAUGCUGCUACUUUUCAUGGACUGAACAAGUUGAAUUGGCUGCCUUGGCCAGCCAAUCCGACUGCCAACCCUUCUACAUGGGCUGAACUUAUUUAGCUGAAUGAUGCAUCAUCCCCUGCAUCGCCUUGGAACUUUCUCGUGCGGAUUCAAUGGAGAAAAGCGAGCUUACAGAUUCUCUCAACCAGGAGUCCAUUCAUUCCCGCUCUCCUCGGUUCAUCACAUCACAACACGACCCGAAAAUUGCGGGAAAGUUAACGACAUCUGAGAUGACCGAAACAAACGACAUGGAAAUUCCAUCUUCCAAAGCGCUCGAGGAUCAUUCGACAUUGAGAAACACUAACGAUGAUACAAAUCAUAGUAGUGAGUCUUCUGAAAGUGAUGAAGAAAACAAAGUUACUUCUGGGAACAAGAAUGAUAAUUCAGAUCGUAAAAGUGACAGUGAUUCUUCUGAGAGUGAUAAGGAACAUGAUAUCGAUUUUGCCUCAAGACACCCUUUGGAGAAGGAAGCUGAUAUAGUUUCUAAUGAUUUGAAGCAAUCUCCAUUGAUUAGUACUAAGGAGGUGGUCUAUGAAUCUGCUAUGAAGAAUACAAAUGGCGAUAUGGAUCAUAACGGUGUUAGCAAGUCGUUCGAGAGUGAUAACGAACAAGAAGUCAUCAAGAUCAACACAACAAUUGAAGAGUGUCCUAAAAUAGAUGAGGUGGUUUAUGUAUCUGGUAAUAGGAACACAGUAAUCGAUAGUGUAAGUGAGUCCUCCUUCGAGAGCGAUAAGGAACGAGACUCCGAUUUUGCUAUAGGAAAGUUUUUGGAGAAGGAAGUUGAUAUAGUUAAUGAUGAUUUGAAGCAGUCUCCAUUGAUGAACACAGUAGUUGAAGAGUGUUCCAAAACUGAUAUCACUGCCUAUGAAUCUGCUAUUAAGAACAUCAACGAUGAUAUCGACAAUGUUAACGAGUCCUCCGAGAGUAAUAAGGAACAUGAUAUCUCUAUUGGGCAAUCUUUGAAGAAGGAAACAGAUCUAGUUGAAAAUGAUUUGAAGCUGUCUCCAUUGAUUAGCACCAUAGUGGAUCCCUAUGAAUCUGAUAUUAAGAACAUUAAUGAUGAUAUCGACGUUGUUAGCGAGUCGACCGAGAGUGAUCUAGUUACCAAUGAUCUGAAGCAAUCUCUAUUGAUUAGCACAACAAUUGAGAAGUGUCCCAUAGAUGAGGUUGUCUAUGAAUAUGCUGUUAUGAACACUAAUAAUGAUAUGGAUCAUAGAAGCAUUAGCAGGUCUCUUGUGAGUGAUAAGGAACACGUCUUCAACUUUGCUGAACCUGAUAUUGAACAUGUUAAUCAACCAUCCUCGAACGAUGAAGGCCACAAUUAUAGCAUUUCGUAUGACGAUUUACAAGAAGAGUUUGCGUCGGGAUUCGACGUAAUACCGGAGUUUCAUCGGUCAGUCUCAAUGGAAUCAGUAGAAUCAGUUGAUGGAAGCAAUGUAAGUGAGAUCGAAGGCGAAAGUAUUGUGGAUAGAUUAAAACGACAAGUCGAAUACGAUAAGAAAUGCAUUAAUUCAUUGUAUAACGAGUUGGAAGAAGAACGAAGCGCUUCCGAGGUUGCGGUAAGUCAAGCCAUGGCUAUGAUUACAAGGUUACAAGAGGAGAAGGCAACAAUGAACAUGGAUGCUCUUCAUUACUUGAGAAUGAUGGAAGAACAAGCAGAAUAUGAUGUAGAAGCUAUAGAGAAAGCAAACGAACUCUUGAACGAAAAGGAUCGAGACAUCCAAGAGUUAGAAGCCGAGCUCGAAUACUAUAGGUCGAUUUACACGGUCGACACAAUAGUCGAGGAUGAACAUGAAAAUAGUGAUGAUUCAAAUGAAGAACACCAUGAAUAUAAUGGGAAUCAUUCCUUUAAAUCAAGAAUUUUAAAGGCAUCAAAAGAAAGCUACAGAUCUUUGAAUAAUCCAAAUUUAUGUUUAGAAUUUGAAGAUGAAAAACACUACAUUCAGCUAUGUUUGAAGAGCUUAGAGGAUAAGAUCAGCAAAAUAUUCACUAAUGGACAACAAGAAGGGGAAGAGAGCAUUGAAGAGAAUGGCUCAUCCAGGCACAUAGAACAAAGCAACUGUAAUGGAACAGCUACACCAGAAGGAGAGCUGGUUGAUGUUGAUAAGAAUGGUCAUUUUGGCUGUGAAGAAAGCUUAUAUGAGGUGAAAGAUCCGAUAAGUUGUGCAAAUAAACUAGAGGAGGUUGACUUCCUUGCUCUUGAACAUAAGAUUUCAGAGCUUACUGGCAGGUUGGAAGCACUACAAGCUGAUCAUGAUUUUCUUGAACACUCUCUUAAUUCUCUUCGAUACGGCGAGGAGGGGCUGCAAUUUGCUCGGAAUAUCGUUAAUCAGCUACAAGAAUUGUGUAAAAUCGGCAUUCGGCUCGAUCGUCGACCUCGCUCCAAAGUUCAUGCAGCAUGAUAUGAUAUACACAACUUUUAGGGGAAGAAGGUAUCUUAAAAUGGGUAUCAGCCAUCAGUUUGAAGCAUGGUUCAUUCCUUUUUGUUGGGCUGCAAUGAAUGAGGUUGAGCAUGGCCAUAGCAGAGAGGGUUCAGAGUAGAGGAAAAAUGAUGUGUUAGUACAAAAUUGUACCAUCAAAUCAACCAUGGAAGCUGAGUCUUCCAUCUUUUUAGCUUUUCAUUUUUGUGAGGGUCAGUUCGAGUUUUACAUGACAAGGAGCUCAUGAUUCUUGUACCUCUA